UUUGUUUAACAAACAGUUGUGUAAUUAAAUAGGACUUGUCCGUUCAACAGGCUCUGGUCUCCCCUCAGGUGAGAGGAUUGCUCAGCACUGCUAAAUGAUGGGUUGCUGUCUCCAAACACAGCAAUUGGUCAUUUUCUUGUUGGGGUCUCAGCUCUCUCUGAUCUCCUCCGCACAUUUCUCUGACCAUGAUGUUCUCGAAAGAGAUGGACACAAAGACUGUACGUACAAAUUAUUCUUUGUUCUAAGCACGCAGUGUUAGCAUGAAUGUUUUAAAUGUUACUGUUCGUGUGCAUUGUCUUGUGUUUCCUGCAGUUCAUGUCAAUGAUGUGAAGAUCUACGUGGAGCCUGAUGUGGCCUCAGUGAUUGCGGUGAGAGGAGAUAACGUCACCCUCCCGUGCAGAUUUUGGUAUCAGUCUGAACCGAGUUUACCCAAAACAGUCAGGAUCAAGUGGUCCUGGUUCUCUGCUGCUGAAGGACAGGAGACAGAAGUCCUGGUGGCCAUCGGCUCCCGCAGCCGAAGCGUUGGAGAAUUUAGGUUGAUUGAACGAACAACCAAGUCAUCCAUCAGUUUUCAUGUCAUGGUUUACAUACGUGCAUGUUGAUCUUCUGUUGGUCAGGGGGCGUGUGCAGCUCAGACAGGAUUUCCCUGGAGAUGCUUCUUUGUUAAUGACUGAAUUCCAGUUAAAUGACGCGGGUCGUUACCGCUGUGAGGUGGUGGACGGACUGGAGGACAAGUCUGCUGUGGUUGACCUGCAGCUACAAGGUGUGGUCUUUCCCUUGGUCUUCCCCUACCAGCACUCUAAGGGGCGCUACCAUCUCAGCUUCAUCAGAGCCCAACAGGUCUGUGAGGAGCAGGGCUCCACACUGGCCACCUUAAGACAGCUCUUCCAGGCCUGGAAGGAGGGCUUGAACUGGUGCAAUGCAGGCUGGCUGGCCGACGGUACAGUCCAGUACCCUAUCACCCGGCCAAGAAUGCCCUGUGGGGGGCAUGUCACAGCAGGGGUCCGCAGCUAUGGCAGACGUCACCUGCAUCAACAGCGCUAUGAUGUUUUUUGCUUUUCUUCUUCACUAAGAGGCACAGUCUUUUAUCUUCAGCCCAUUCGCAAGAUGAACUUCACCGAAGCCCAACAGGCUUGUCAGGAAGCUGGAGCCCAGGUGGCUAAAGUUGGCCAGAUCUACACCGCCUGGAAGUUCAAGGGUUUGGACCACUGUGAAGCUGGCUGGCUGGCUGAUGGCAGUGUUCGCUACGCCAUCAACAGGCCACGGAAAAACUGUGGUCCAUUAGAGCCAGGGGUCCGCAGCUUUGGUUUCCCACCUCCACAGCACAAGCAUGGAGUUUACUGUUACAAAUCAGAAGAUUUGUGAAUAUGACUUGCUACAGGAAAUUUUUAAGGUAAACCAACGAGAGAAAAAAACAAACAUAUUUGACUUAUUUGAGAGAAACUGCUUUUUUUUUUCUUCCUCCAGAAACGAUGACUAUUUGCUUUACUUGGUUUAAGACGUCAUUUCUCUCCUUUGGGUCAACAGUUUCCACCUGUGUUGGACAGAAUGAGAAUGACAGCGGUGAGGCAGACAGGAUAAAUGUAAACAGACAAAAAUAGUCACAGGGGGAGAGUGAGACUCAGUGACUUGUAAAAUGUAAAAAAAAAAAGAAGAAGAAGAAGAAGAAAAAGAAAAGAAAAAAGAAAACAAAAGAGUUUGCCAAAUUGUUAACAUAUUCUGAUUAAUAACUUAUUGUACCUUUUAUAGUCAAUAAAACCAUAUUAUAUAACGCGUUUUCUGUCGUUCCUAGCAACAAACGGCCCAAAAAAUGCCAUCUCUAAAAGGCUCAU